UUAAACCGUGUGAGGCUGGCAGGCUUCAUUUGCAAAGGAAAUCAGCCAGGAACGGCAUCAGCAUGAUAUCGAUGUGCGUGUAGGAGGCUGCGAAGAUGCUGAACAUCAUCUCACUCAGGACAAUGCUGUGGCUUCAUACAGAUCAUCGCUGCAUGUUAGAGACGUUCAUUCUGUUUGGGAUGUUCAUCACGACUCUCGGAUGUGACAUUUCAUACAAAGAUGUAUCUCACUGUCCCAAAAACACACAGUUUAUCACAUGCAGACAUGAAGAUGCCUUACCAGAAGAGGCUCUCUAUCAAGAUGGAGGAGGACUCUGUUCGAGCGUGGAAGUCAACAAAGUGACUUACUCUCCAAAUUCUGAUUGGACAGUCAAACUGUCAUGUGAAAAUGACUGGUACACCCUAACUCUGAAAAAACACAACUUCUCCCAGUGGGAUAUUGUAGUGCUGACAGGGCCACCGGAUGACUUUUCAUGUGAGCGAUCCAAGGCCGAGGCUGAACGAGGCUUCUUUCACUACAUCCACAACUGCUUCAACACCAGUCACCGAAGUGUGAGGCUGACUCAAAGAAAGCUGAAAGACGUGUGUGGGGAAGAGUUCUUCAGAAAAGAUAAAAUCUUCAUAGUCAUAGUUGGGGAGGAGAUCAGUUGCUUGCUGCCAGAAAUCUCCAUCCCAAUUCCCGUCUUGGACAGCAACGAAACCGCCGGCCCCGAACAAGCAGCAAAGCUGUUGGGAAGUCUCACCUCUUUGCUGGAAAAGAUGGAGAAUUCAGCCACAGCGGCCAUAACGGCUGGCAAUGUCACCGGGGUCGUGGCCAAGCUCCCGCCAAAAAAUCAAACCAGAAUGUCGAUGGGCAGAAGCCCAUCGGGCGACGUUGCGGUUUUGCAGGGAAAUGCAACUUUGCCACCGGUGUACUCGCAAACUGUACAGCUCCCAGAAGAAACCAGUAGAAAGGCCGUGGAGAGAAAUGGCUCCUUGGCUGCAGUUCUGUUUUUUCCAGGGAUGCAGCUGCGCGACAACUCCAGUACCUAUUUACAGGAUGCGGUAGUGGGAAUUGAAAUGGGAGCAAGGAUCUCUAAUCUCACUGAACCCAUAAGAAUCGUUUUUAAUGGAGUGCAAAAGAAUGGAAACAAUUUCUCAUGCAGGUCUUGGAACGGUGAAGGGGGCGCACCAGUGUGGGUCACAGACGGCUGUGAGACUCUGGAGGCCAACCGGAGCGUCACUUGCCUCUGCUCUCAUCUGACCUUUUUUGCCGUGCUGGUGUCGCCUCCACCGACGCUGAGGGAGUCCGAUCUGACGUCCCUGACCGUCGUCACGUCCGUCGGCUGCGGCCUGUCCUUGUUUUUCCAGGUGGUCGCUCUCUGUAUGCACUGUCUGAUCAGAAAACGGAAAUCAAACCUGGAGACUAAGAUCCUGAUCCAGCUCUUCGUUGCGAUGUUCACCUUGAACUUGUCUUUCCUGGUGAACGAGGCCGUCGCCAACCUGGGGCACGCGGCGGCGUGCGUGACCGUGGCCGCGGUCCUGCACUACGGCUUGCUGGCCACGUUCUCCUGGUUUUUCGUACAGGCGUUGCACCUCCUCAUCAAGUUCCACAGCAUGCAUUCUGAAAUCAGACACUACGUGAAGAAGGUCUACGUGGCAGGGUGGGUCACGCCAGCUUUAGUGGUGCUGAUCCUCCUCAGCUUGCAAAAGUAUGGACUCCUUCAUAUCGCCACCGAUGAAGGGGGAAAAGUGAACAUGUGCUGGAUCGCCGACGCCGCUGUUCACCAGGGCGUUAACAUCGGCUACUAUUCUGUCGUGUUUGUCUUUACUUUAAGCAUCUUCAUCAUAACUGUGCGGCAGAUUGCUCUGUUUAAGUCUAAAUCAGGGUUGAAUUCUGGCAAGAGCUCCACUGGGAUGAAGGUUUCCUCCGUUGUGGCCUUGUUCCUCCUCCUGGGCCUCACCUGGGCCGUCGCAUUUUUCAGCCACGGGCCUCUGAUGCUGCCUUUCUACUACAUUUUCACCACCCUGAACGCCUUUCAAGGUUUCCUGCUUUUCAUCUACUACUAUAAGUCCAGCAAGGUCUUUGGAGACGACAUAAACCGUGCAUCCAGCUCCAGCAGCAGCACCACAACAAAAACAGAAGUACAUGUUAUGAGUGAUGUUUCAGUGAGGGAAUCAGCCGUAACUUCAAAGUCAUCAAAAUAACAUCGAGUAAAUGUCCCUGAUGCUGUAACAGCGGCCCUGACCCACCCAGGCAUGGGAUCAUUUAGAUCCGUCAGGUUCCCUGAGCUGUAAGAUGUAACACGCAGUAAUGGAAUGCUUGACAGUACUGUAAUCAUUUUGAGGUUUUUCAGUUGUAGGAUUGGAGUUAUCACAUGAUCGAGGAGGCAUUAAAAAGAUAAUUUAAGAAGAACUUGAUCCAGUAACGUAAUAAUGCAUAAACAGGGCUGCAUUUCUUUGAAAUAACAGUCUUUUUGGUCAGCUUUAUGCAAUUUUCUUUUGAAAAUGGAUUCAGUAGAUUCAUCAACCACCUUGCCUUAAUCCGUAUAAUGAUGUGCAAAAACAUUUCAUAAUUCUGUGGUCCAGUUCAGAAGCACUGUUGGACUGUCGGAUUGGACUACAUAGCCAUCAGGGAGCCUUGACCCCCUUUUAUUACCGCUCUGUCGGUGGUCUUAAUGUUAUGGCUGAUGCUGUGUUUCAUCUUUAUGGCACAAGAGGGCAGCAUUUAUUUUGAUAUAGAUGUGGAUUUUCUCAUUCCUUCUUGACUACACAUGGCAUGCUUGCAAUAAACUAAUCUGAUUUACCUUCGCUGAGACAAAUUGCGCUGUCCAGGAAGUCUUUUGUAAAGAUAAUGCUAUGUUUCUGCAGAAAGCCUGCAUUACUCAUUGUAUGGCCUGCAGAGAAGGCUGUGAUUCAUGCAGAAAACAUCACUUAGCUCCUAAAAAAAAAAGCUCCAGUCAUCCUCUGGAAUGUGUGGAUGCUUCAGAGGAGAAAUAUGACCAUUUUAUGACUGAUGUGCUUGUCAAAUGGCUCAAAGAUGGCGAAAGACCGAAAAAACAAAUUAAAAUGAUGUGUCGUCCCUCACA